AUGGUGUUGCGUUCGGGAACUGAAAGGGAUGGUGCUAAUGGUUCAGGUGGCAACACCAACCGCAACAAUGAGAUUCCCCUUCCUAAUCCUCUCGUUCACCCAAACCUCACGGACGUCCUAGCCCGGCAGACUAAACUGAUGGCUACCAUAGUCAAUCAAAUGGGUAAUGCCGGCAACCAUGGUCCAAGAGCUGAGCCCCCAGUGAACAGGUUCGGAGAAUUCUUCCGUACCAAUCCUCCCAUCUUCCGUGGUUCGAAAGAUCCUCUGGAUGCGGAUUUCUGGCUCAAUGUGAUUGAAGAGAAGCUUGGUCUUAUUGAGUCUUGUAGGAAGGCAGAGAAGGUUAGAGAAGAAAGAGACGAUGAUCUUAACAAGCUUCUCCAAUUUUUUAGGGAGUGUAAGGAGAAAAACGAGCACUUCUACUGGGAUGUGGAUGCAGAUCCAAAAACUGGGGUUGUGAGGAACAUAUUCUGGAGUCAUGCAAGCCAAAGGGCUGAGUACAGAGACUUUGGAGAUGUCAUUACAUUUGACACAACUCACAAAACAAACAGCAGGCGCAUGCCACUACCCAUGUUUGUUGGGGCCAACAAUAACUUGAAGAAUGUGACAUUCGGGCAAGCGCUGAUUGGUGAUGAGUCAACUGGAUCAUUCAGGUGGAUGUUUGAGACCUUCAAGAGCUGCAUGGGUGGUCGGCAGCCCCAUGUUUACUGUGUAUUGCCAGAUGAAGAUCCAGCUAUGAGGCAAGCGAUAAAAGUGGUGUUUGACAAGACACAUCACAGAAACUGUCGCUGGCACAUCCUAAGGCUGUGGGAGUUUAAGCUGGACCAGCUCUACACCCAACACAAGGAUAUGAAACUGAAAGAAAAAUUGGAAUUUUUGAUAAAUUAUCCACUUGGGCCAACGCAAUUUGAAGUCGAAUGGAAUAGGCUAGUUGUUGAAUGUGGCAUUGCUGAACACCCUGCAAUAAAAGCUCUGUGGGAAAAAAGGGAGAGGUGGAUUUCAGCUUACUUCAAGGGGAUGUACUGUGGCAGAAUGACAUUAACACAGAGAUCGGAAAGCCAGAAUAAGGUGCUCAAAGAUGGCUAUGUUAAUGAAAGUUCAAGCCUGCACAUGUUUGCUAAAAGGAUGCUAGACUCACUUCAGCACACAGACCACAUGGACGCCGGGGAGACACACGCUGAAGUGGUGCGAGCAUGCAAAGCAAAGUUUGAGGAGCAGCUAAGCAGGGUGUACACGAGGGCCGUAUACCAAGAGUACAAGAAGCAGUACAAUAACAGCACAACGUUUGUGAUUGAACCUGAUCCAGAUCCAAGGGUGAAAAAUGGAUGGUCGGUGAAGCAUGAAAAUGGUGAGGGCAGCUUCUGCUGGGCCCAACAUGCAUUCAGGGUGGUUGCGGAUAAAGAUGCUGGUGAAUAUAGUUGCGAGUGCAAACAAAGGGAACAUACAGGUAUGGUGGUGCUGUUGCUCCUGCUGCUGCUGCUAUUGAUAUUGCUCAAUAAUACAACUCUGAUUGAUGGAUAA